AUCUUUGUCCCUGGCAAAUUGGGUUUUGCGCAGUGGUUUAGACCUAGAGAAAGAAUCGUUACGGGCAGGAAACCAUUACAACACCACCCCGACUGUGCUCUCUGAGUGCUGCCACCACCCCCGCCCUUGCCUCCGGUACACGUUAAAGAUCCAAAAUCAUGACUGAUUCCAAGUACUUCACAACCAAUAAAAAGGGAGAAAUCUUUGAAUUAAAAGCUGAACUCAAUAAUGAAAAGAAAGAAAAGAGGAAGGAGGCUGUGAAGAAAGUGAUUGCUGCUAUGACCGUGGGGAAGGAUGUUAGCUCUCUUUUUCCAGAUGUAGUGAACUGUAUGCAGACUGACAAUCUGGAACUAAAGAAGCUCGUGUAUCUCUAUUUGAUGAACUACGCCAAGAGUCAGCCAGAUAUGGCCAUCAUGGCUGUCAACAGCUUUGUGAAGGACUGUGAAGAUCCCAAUCCUUUGAUUCGGGCCUUGGCAGUCAGAACCAUGGGGUGCAUCCGAGUGGACAAGAUUACAGAAUAUCUCUGCGAGCCCCUCCGAAAGUGCUUGAAGGAUGAAGAUCCCUAUGUUCGGAAAACAGCAGCAGUCUGUGUGGCAAAACUCCAUGAUAUCAAUGCCCAAAUGGUGGAAGAUCAGGGAUUUCUGGAUUCUCUACGGGAUCUCAUAGCAGAUUCAAACCCAAUGGUGGUGGCUAAUGCUGUAGCAGCAUUGUCUGAAAUCAGUGAGUCUCACCCAAAUAGCAACUUACUCGAUCUAAACCCACAGAAUAUUAAUAAGCUGCUGACAGCCCUGAAUGAGUGCACCGAAUGGGGCCAGAUUUUCAUCCUGGACUGCCUGUCUAAUUACAAUCCUAAAGAUGACCGGGAAGCUCAGAGCAUCUGUGAGCGGGUAACUCCCCGGUUGUCCCAUGCCAACUCAGCAGUGGUGCUUUCAGCGGUAAAAGUCCUAAUGAAAUUUCUAGAGUUGUUACCCAAGGACUCUGACUACUACAGUAUGCUGCUGAAGAAGUUAGCUCCCCCACUUGUCACUCUUCUAUCUGGGGAGCCCGAAGUGCAGUAUGUUGCCCUGAGGAACAUCAACCUAAUUGUCCAGAAAAGGCCUGAAAUCUUGAAGCAAGAAAUAAAAGUCUUCUUUGUGAAGUACAAUGAUCCUAUCUAUGUUAAACUAGAGAAGUUGGACAUCAUGAUUCGUCUGGCAUCCCAAGCCAACAUUGCUCAGGUUCUGGCAGAACUGAAGGAAUAUGCCACUGAGGUGGAUGUUGACUUUGUUCGCAAAGCUGUGCGGGCCAUUGGACGAUGUGCCAUCAAGGUGGAGCAAUCUGCAGAACGCUGUGUAAGCACAUUGCUUGAUUUAAUCCAGACGAAAGUAAAUUACGUGGUCCAGGAGGCAAUUGUUGUCAUAAGGGACAUCUUCCGCAAAUAUCCCAACAAGUAUGAAAGUAUCAUUGCCACACUCUGUGAGAACUUAGAUUCCUUGGAUGAGCCCGAUGCUCGAGCAGCUAUGAUUUGGAUUGUGGGAGAAUAUGCUGAAAGAAUUGACAAUGCAGAUGAAUUACUAGAGAGCUUCUUGGAGGGUUUUCAUGAUGAAAGCACUCAGGUACAGCUCACUCUCCUUACUGCCAUAGUAAAGCUAUUCCUCAAGAAGCCAUCAGAAACACAAGAGCUGGUCCAGCAGGUCUUGAGUUUGGCAACACAGGAUUCUGAUAAUCCUGACCUUCGAGAUCGGGGCUAUAUUUAUUGGCGCCUUCUCUCAACUGACCCUGUGACAGCCAAAGAAGUAGUCUUGUCUGAGAAGCCACUGAUCUCUGAAGAAACAGACCUCAUUGAGCCAACUCUACUGGAUGAGCUUAUCUGCCACAUUGGUUCUUUGGCUUCUGUGUAUCAUAAACCUCCCAAUGCAUUCGUGGAAGGGAGUCAUGGGAUCCAUCGCAAACACUUGCCAAUUCAUCAUGGGAGCACUGAUGCAGGUGACAGCCCUGUUGGCACCACCACUACAACCAACCUGGAACAGCCUCAGGUUAUCCCCUCUCAAGGUGAUCUUCUUGGGGAUCUUUUAAAUCUUGACCUUGGUCCCCCAGUCAAUGUGCCACAGGUGUCCUCCAUGCAGAUGGGAGCAGUGGAUCUCUUGGGAGGAGGACUAGAUAGUCUGGUAGGACAAUCUUUCAUCCCAUCAUCAGUGCCUGCAACCUUUGCUCCUUCACCCACUCCUGCUGUGGUCAGCAGUGGUCUGAAUGACCUAUUUGAACUUUCCACAGGGAUAGGCAUGGCACCUGGUGGAUAUGUGGCUCCUAAGGCUGUCUGGCUACCUGCAGUAAAGGCUAAAGGCCUGGAGAUUUCAGGAACAUUUACUCACCGCCAAGGGCACAUCUAUAUGGAAAUGAACUUCACCAAUAAAGCUCUGCAACAUAUGACAGACUUUGCAAUCCAGUUUAACAAGAACAGUUUUGGUGUCAUCCCCAGUACUCCUCUGGCCAUCCAUACCCCACUGAUGCCAAACCAGAGCAUUGAUGUCUCUCUGCCUCUCAACACCUUGGGCCCAGUCAUGAAGAUGGAACCUCUGAAUAACCUGCAGGUGGCUGUUAAAAACAAUAUUGAUGUCUUCUACUUCAGCUGCCUCAUCCCACUCAAUGUGCUUUUUGUAGAAGAUGGCAAAAUGGAGCGCCAGGUCUUCCUUGCAACAUGGAAAGAUAUUCCUAAUGAAAAUGAACUUCAGUUUCAGAUUAAGGAAUGUCAUUUAAAUGCUGACACUGUUUCCAGCAAGUUGCAAAACAACAAUGUCUAUACUAUUGCCAAGAGGAAUGUGGAAGGGCAAGACAUGUUGUACCAAUCCCUGAAGCUCACUAAUGGCAUUUGGAUUUUGGCUGAGCUACGUAUCCAGCCAGGAAACCCCAAUUAUACGCUGUCACUGAAGUGCAGAGCUCCUGAAGUCUCUCAAUACAUCUAUCAGGUCUACGACAGCAUUUUGAAAAACUAAUAAAGGUGGUUCAUUACCCUCCAGCCACCCUGUGAUUGGUGCAAGCCAAGAACUCUUAACUGGAAGAAAUUGUACUGCUGUGUAGAACCUUAACCCAAACACACUUGUGGCCACCCACCCAGGUAGUCCAGUCUACCCUGUGCUGACAUUAAGCACACCCUAUUGGAUAGUUUUAGCUUCCUGAGAACAUUUGUAACCACUGCUUUAGUCACUUUCCACCUCUUGCCACCUGCUGCUGCUCUCUGUCCUUACUUGUGGGCUUCUCCAUGCUGUGCCAAUGGCUGGCUUUUUCUACACCCUCUUUUGAGUGUAGUUUGAUAUUUUGUAAUCGAAAGAAAGCUCAUUUCAAAAGCAGAAAAGACAACAAAUUAAAGCAAGGAAAAGUGUCACUGAAACGUAAACUGCACUUUAUUGUUUUAUAUUUUUGUACAUAUGAGAAAUUGAGGUAGUAUAACCAGUAGAAAGUGUUAAAACAACUAACCAAUCUUAGAGGAAAAGAUGCAGUUACCACCUCACUCUGUGAGGGGUUCUCUUAUGCUUGGCAACCUUGUCCCUGAUCAUUUGGAUCUCCCUCCCCCCUUUUUUUCUGUCUCUUUCUCCAAACUGAUUCUUUGGCCAGGCCUUCACAUUUCCCUCUGCCCCUUAUUAUCAUUUCAUUUGAUUGCUUUGCCUUUGGAAACGGUGAUCUUCAUAGGAUGAUGUUUCAGGAUGUCCACACCAAAGCUGAAAAGUUAGAACAUUCUAUAUUCCUUUCCACUGAACUAACCCAUUAAUAACACUAAUUAAGGACACUGAGUAGAGAUGGAGAACAGGAACCAAAAUGCCCCCCCUAGACCUCUCCCCUGUAUUUCUCAGGUCCAAUUUAGAUCUAAAAUCAGAUUUUAGAGUUGAUUUUAAUGACAUAUCAAACCCUGCUUGUCUACAAAUGAGAAAGACAAAGGGCAUUAUUGCUGAGGCCCGUCAGCUCUUGGAUAGCAGAGCUGAGGCAGAUCCCAUCAGUGCUGUUUUCACUGAAGCACUGUCUCCAUGCUGUUCUUUCCUUAGUGCUUUCAACUUUUUCUGUACCUGCUCUGUGACUGGUACAUAUGUACUCCAUACUGAGUUUGGUACCCCAUCCAUUCAUUGGUAUCAAGUGGCAGCAGAGCUUCUUGUCAGUUACUUGAAGGUGCAUAUGAUGAAAGAGUGAAAGUGUGGCUACUGCUUCCCUGGUGCUCACGUCUUGAGGCCAGCUGGUGGAUGCAGAGAAGUGAGCUUUAGAGAUGAUGCAAGUUCUCUUUAUCUCUUCAGACUCUAGAGCAAAUGUAAGACCAUCCCAGAGGUAGCGUAGUUCUUUUCAUCUCUCAAAGAAUUGGAGAGGUGAAAUCCCCUCCCUUAACAUGUUGAGUACCAUUUGUCAGGUAAUGAGUGCUUCAUGCCCAGGACAUCACCCUGUCUAGUGGUGUUCAUACUGUUCCAUCUGUGGGCCCUUGUUGCAGAAUCUGGCACGCAGUCUUCAGGGUUCAUGAUCAAGACAGCUCUUCCAGGUACCCCUGCUUGAGUCAGAGGCACUGCAGGGUCCAGAGGCCUCAUGUUGGACUCAGACCUAACCCACCAGACUCAAAGGAGGGAUUAUGAAAAAACAGCAGAAACCAACCCCUAGCCACCCUGUGCCUGAUAUAAACCUGUAUCAGUUGCAAAGCUUGGGGAGAAUGGAUGCUCCAAUGCAGUUUCUUAAACCUUUGAGAAUCUUCAAGAAAAGAAUUACUGGGUGGGGGAAAAGAAAUACAUCUCUCACUCACCACUGCUCGGGCACUUAGGGAAUAGGAAAUAGCACAGGAAUGUAUGGGAAACGGGUGGGUUGGUGAUGUGUGGGGUGGAAAAGCAAGUUGAUAAAGUUUCCUUAUUGGGACUCAUUCAUGGAGUCUGGGUACAAGCAGCGUAAAAGGUUCACACUACAAACACAGUGUUCUCAUUUCAAAGUAAACUGUAGUUACAGAAGGAAAAAUAUGUGUCAGGGCAAACAGAACACAAUUUUAUGCAAGGGUAUGUCCCUUAGCCCCUGAAACAAGCUUCUUUCAGUGUCCCUACCAGUGAUGGCUAACUGCUGCUGUUGUCAGCUGGCCUGCUGAGCCAAUCCAUGAUGUCUUUGCAGCUUGGGGAGGCUGCCUCACAUUGUGCCCUGAGCAGAAUUAUAGAGUUACUCCAUACAAAAGGACCUCUCUCCUGAAGAAACAUCCUGUUGCUUCCACAACAGCUUCCCUUAGGACCCCUUUCAAGCUUGGCCUGGUUGGGGGUUGGACUGGGGUUUGCCCCACAUAUCCUCUGUCGUCUUCCUAAGUAUGUCUGUAAUGUCAACUAGUGUACAAAGGGAAAAGAAAGCAAACACACCCAGAACUCUCUCUGGUCAGAGAUUCCCUGAGUGUCCUCACUCAAGCCUGUUCCCUGUGUCUGUCUUGUAAAGCUUGGGACUCUGGAGAGAGGUGGGAAGGGGGUAAAAGAUGUCCUAAGAAUGCUCAUUCUUCUGUUCUAAUUGGGAUCUGUUCUUGGGGAGGAUGGGGUUGGGGGG